AUGGGAGAUGAAGUCGAUCGAAGAUUAUAUGCGGUUUUGGAUGAGGCUGUCGAUGAAUAUAUUGAAGAUACAUUCAACAACAUCGUCGAAAAUCGAACAUUUAAACCGAGGAAACAUGCAUAUGUCGAACGAAACCGCGAAGAGGGUCACAACCGUCUAUGGAAUGAUUACUUCAGUGAAGAUUCCACAUUUUCGGCUCAUUUAUUCAGACGCCGUUUCCGCAUGAACAAGGAAGUAUUCUUGCGUAUUAUCAAUCGCCUCUCCGAAAAUGUUACAUUCUUUCAGCAAAGAAGAGAUGCAGGCGGAAGGUUAGGUCUAUCUCCACUACAAAAGUGUACGGCAGCUAUUCGUAUGCUUGCUUAUGGCUGCGCCGCUGACACCACUGACGAAUAUCUCCGACUUGGUGAAAGCACAGCACUUUCGUGUUUAACUAAUUUCACAGAAAGCGUAAUACAGUUAUUUGGAGAUGAGUAUCUACGAAGACCCACAACAGAGGAUCUUGAACGACUACUCGAUAUUGGAGAGAUACGUGGCUUUCCUGGAAUGAUAGGAAGCAUCGACUAUACCUUAAACGAUAUUAACGUCCUCGAUCGGUCACCUAUUUUUGAUGACAUUUUACAAGGUCGAGCUCCAAUGGUACAAUACGUGGUCAGCGGACACCAGUAUGAUAUGGCGUACUACCUCACAGAUGAAAAUGAACGCAAUGGAUACUCUCAGUAUGAUACAUCUGAGUUUGAAGAAGGAACCUCGACCAGAAGUUCAAAUGUGGAUGUAUCUGAUUCUCCCGAGAUGCCUCCAAAUCUCGGUAAUAUGUUUCGCAUACGAAGUCAUGUUCGUGAUAGGUAUUUACAUGAACAAUUGAAAUAUGAUUUAAUCGAAAAUAUUUGGAACAAGUUUGGCAAUUGA